AUGCAACAAACCUUCGAGACCACGGCCACCAAGAACUCAUCUGAGGGGAGCUAUUCCUUGUUUGUGCUUGGAUUUGGUUUGUGGUGCAGCUUUGGAGUUCUCAUGCUGGUGAUGCUGUCAGGCAGAGGAGCCACCAUCAGUGCGAUCAGCCCAGCAAAUGAGUCGUGCGCCUCUGCCAGCCACGAGCCAAUCUCCAUCUCCAAAUGGGUAACUGGUCUCAUGGCGGAAGGGAAGACAUCACCCCUCAGGGACCCCCGCAUGGAAGCACCUGAUGACAUCACCAUUCGCCUUGCCCACCUUGCUGUCACCUGCACUGCCAUGCCCACCGCCUCCCGCCCCUCCAUGUCCCGAGUGACCCAAUACCUGGAAAUUAUACGAGAGGAGGCGGGAGGGGGGGAUGCGAGAGUGAGUGCUGCAGCGAGGGUUGACGAGAAGCUGUCGAGUCAGCGGUUACGGAGGAGCAUGGAGGAGGAUCUAGCGUUGCUGAAUGAGCAAGUCAUGCAUGAGGGUGACACAACGGCUGUCUCUGUACAGACAUGA